AGUAGUCGAGCUACACAAUAAACAUUCACACCAUCACCACCACAACACAGGCCCAGCUGUGAACCAGUUCGUGAACCAGAGCGUAACGCAUGAGUUUUCUGCAUUGUCUGAACGUGCAUGCGCCACUUUGUUGUUUAACAAAGAAGAAAAAAGCAACGUAAAACGUGAACUGUGCACAGUUUUAAAACAAUAUAAAAACUGAUAAAGUGUCUUACACUUUGACCAUGGAGUCAACAAUUAGUUCCGGCGGCUCGAAUGCAUCCAGCGAAUGCGCCGUCGACGCUGGCGGCGGCGCCGGUAGCAGAAGUCGCUGUCGUAAUUUGGAUACAACGCUCUGCGUAGGCAACAACAACAAUGGCUUGCUAUCAAACAACGGUAAUGCGGCGCUCAGCCAGGAAGUUAAGGAUCUAUAUCGCGCUUUAUAUACCGAGUCCAAACAACUGGACGAUGCCAAGCGAAAUAUACAAAAUAUUGGACACCUUUUCCAGCACGAUAUUGAAGAGAAACGUGCUAAUCUUGUGCAGCUGUGCAAACAAAUAAUAUUUAAGGACUAUCAAUCGGUGGGCAAAAAGGUGCGGGAAGUAAUGUGGCGUCGUGGCUACUACGAGUUCAUAGCUUUUGUUAAAAAGCAUAUGCAUAAACAAGGCACCGAUAAGGAGUGCAUGCAGAAAUUGGAACGUUUCCUUUGCGCCGGGAUCUUCAACUACAAACGCUUGUCGGCAAAAAUGGAGGAGAUUUAUGACUUGGACCUGAAAUAUUUGAUCGACUUCUCCAUUAUAAGUGAGGGCUAUAUCAGCGAUUGUAUAGGGGACACGGCAGUUAGUAAAGAGCUGGAACCUUCGCAGGCUGCUGUCGAUAAGAGUUUGGAGGCAGUGUCCUUUGCCUUGGAUACUAUACACUCAUCGCUCUUGAGUUUGGGCGAUUUGCAUCGCUAUUUUCUGGAUUUUCGUAUCGAUAGCCAGCUAAGUUUGAGCAUCACUAAAGAGCAAGUGGCCAAGUAUUAUUUAGAGGCAUUUAAGCUGAAUCCUGCCAUUGGAAUGGCGCAAAAUCAACUGGGCACUCUGUAUUAUGGCCAGAAUUAUGAUCUGGACUCAACUUAUCACUAUUUGUACUCUUUGGUGUGCAUCAUACCCUUCGAACUGAGCGAGAACAAUUUAAAUAAGCUCUUCGCCAAGCACACGGAAUAUCUAGAGCAAAUGAAUCCAGCUAAAUUGGAAUUUAAUAUUGAGGAUUUCUAUGCACGCUUCUACCUAAUUGUCGAUAUAUUCUUCUUCGACAAGGAAGUACCAGACUUUAAUUCACUUUGCCAUUGCGUGCUCAUCGAUUUACGCAAGAUUCUGUGCGCUCAACUGCUACCUGUGCCUGAGCAAAGCAUCUUUAAGAUCAUCUCCAUACUGUUCUUUUGCCUGUCCAAAUUGAAGAUGAUCAAUUCACCCAAAGUUUAUUCCCUGCACGCGUUCCUUGUGGCCGCCUGCUCAGAUCUGAUAGAUGCCUGCAUUGUCAACGUUGAGCAAACGAUUUUGGCACGUGCUGCGGAUAACGAAAGUUUCCAGCUUGAAUACGAGCAACGUUUCCAGGACUUCGAUACGACGGUGCGUAAAUCGCGCAAUGAAUAUAAGAACUGGCUGGCUGCUGUAGGUGAAUGUGAACGCAAGGAUAAGAAGUUGCUGGCACGGCCGCAUUCGCUUAAGGAUUUCAGCUCCGAUUCACGGGAUAGCCAACAUUCGGCGGAUGAUGGUUGCGCUAAGACCCAAGAGGCACCCGACACUGAUAAGCUGGGCGGCACAGAACCCAUCUCAACUCGCUCCAGCGAUGAGGCCAAGGAAAGUGAUCUGAAGACUCCACUCUCCUGCAAGAGCAAGCGUCGUGGCAUGCGGUUGCGCCGCCGUCGUCGUAAGAUUGCUCAAUCGGACGACAGUUCCUGCUAUGACAGCGAGAGCGAUAUGGACACAGAUUUCUAUAGCGAUGAGGAAGACUACACAGACUUGAGUUCCAAUUUCGAUACCGAUUUCAGUGACAUUGAUGCCGCCGAACACGAUGACGCGCCAGCGGGCGACUAUGUGAAAAAAGAGCGCACAACACGUCAGGCUGGCGGUGCCAAUGUCUAUUCGGAUAAUGAAGAUGUGGUUAUUGAGGAGGAGCGUCUUAUCUAUCCCGAAGAACUGGAACGUCGUCCCAUUUCGCAAGAAGUGGAUUCCGAGGAGUUGCUGCGCAGUUUCGAAGUGCUGCAGUUGAAUUUUAAGAGUGCCGAGGAUAAUCAAACAGCUGCGGCCGACAAGACCACAGACAAUGUUGGAGGUGAAACUAGUGCGCCUCCGCUGACCAUUACGGAACCUCCGAAGAAACUGGUCUAUCGCAACAAAUAUACAAAAAUUAAUCCGAAUAUUAUAAUCGACUGUCUGCACAAUGAGCCAACAAUUCGCGCUUUGAAGAUGCUUUUCGAUUGGCUACGCAUCAACCCCGAGAUUCUCAUUGGUUGCUAUCAUUCGAAUCCGGAAUUUGUGCACAAGAUUAUGAAGCUGUUGAACUACUGCAACAUUGAUGUAUUCACCCGGAAAGUCUACUUCGAACGGGAGCUGUUGACCACGAGCAAUGUGCGUGAUGCGCUUGUCGAGCUUUUCGAUGUGCGAGCAAAUGUGCCUUUGAGCGAGGAUUUUGCGUUCAAGAACUUUGACAUAUUCCAGAGCACUCAGAUAACACUCGACUGGGAGACCAUAAUUCGGGAGCGCGUUACACCCCAGGAGGAGUCCAUCUUACGUAUCUUCAAGAUGGUUGAUUUUGGUUUCUUUAUUUGUAAACAGAAGAAGUUCAAUUAUCGCUUCUGCGUGAAGACGCGUCGCUUCACCGAGAACCAAAAGAAGAAGCGUGAGGAGAAGAAGGGUGGAGGCUCACGUCGCCGUGAACGACGAACUGCACCCAAGACAACACGCAAGCGAAACGAGGGACGCACUCGUCGCUACUCGGAUCGCAAGAAUGGCAUCGUACGCAAGAGCUAUACCAGCAACGAGGAGAAAGAUACUGUUGAGGAAUGUCGGAAGCUGCCCCGCAAGGGUUAUCUGCGUAAUCGCAAUGCAGAGAAGGCUGCAGCUUUAUUGGCCAGCGCAACGGGCACUUCUGUAGCUGGUGGCACCUCCGCCUCUGCGUCGACCACCACAAACAGCGUCAUCGAGAAGCUCAAUCUGCAGUCGAGCAGCGGCGCCGAUGAGGAACGUUCCGAGGCGAUGACCAAAAAAUGUGAAAUAAUGGGCAAACUUUGGCUGCAGAACGAGGUGGAAACACUGGAGGAGGAGUUGCGUGAUAGCACCAGCCAUGUGGUCAUGUCACCAUUUGUUGUGGUCGAUGCCAAAGCUUUAACCGAAUACAAUGGCAUUGUUAAGUCCUUGGUAAGGACCAAGAAAUGUAUUGUGCUGAUACCCAAUGCUGUGCUGAAUGAGCUGGAUGAAUUGAAGAAGCGCAGCGAGAAUGUGCGUCAUGUCAUACGCUGGCUGGAGCAGGAAUUCAAGCAUGGCAAUCGUCAUCUGCGCGCACAGCGCGACAACGAAAGCCAGCCGCUAUCGCUGCUGAAAAUAUCACGCAAGAUGGAUCGCGAUGCCUCGGUUUUCUUGCAAAUCGCCCAGUUUUGCAAUCAUCUGGUAACUAAUCAUGCCGAUCCGCAUGUGAGUGAGCUGCAAAAGAAUGUUGUUACCUAUUUGUCGGGUGACAAUUUGCACGAGAAGAAUCGCCAGCAGCAAAACUUUAGCUAUACAGGCAUACUCGAUUCAAUCCCUGUACGUUAUGCUCAAAUCCAAAGCUUCUAUGCUAAGUUUAAGGCUAACAAAAAAUGAGUGAGCCUGAGCGGACGCUAGGUGGCAAAUGCAUGGCAAAAAACAGCAGAUGCAAAUUAUUUAAAAUGCAAGGAUGUGCAUAGCGUGUGUUCACUGUACAACCACAACAAAACGACAUGGAGUUCCAAGUUAACGAAAAGUUUCUCUCUCAGAUGCGGCCCAAGUGGGGGCAACAAAAAAACGGCAAACAAACCAGACCAGCUAAAAUAUGAUAACAAAACGAAAAGUCAAUCAAACAAACAAAAAAAUCAUAAAACAUAACC